UUUCGUUUUCCUCUGGCAACAUUAUUAAUGGCGUCUAAGCGGCAACUUGCUUGUGAUAUUGACUAAUUUUCGGAAAGAAAUGAGAAAAUGGAUGGUUUUACCAAUCCUAAAAUAGAGAAACAAUCGAUAUACGAGAUAUAUCGAGCAUGUCGUCUGUGCGGCGCGGGUGCUGGCUACAAAAUGCCAAUAAUACAGAAUGUUGUGGAUUUGGAUAGCGAGGAAGUGGAGUUGAAGCAAAAAGUCCGUGAAUGUGUUCAGAUUGAGGUCCACCAAGAUGACAAAAUGCCUCCGCUUAUUUGCGAGCUGUGUGUGGACAAAGUCAAUGAUUUCUACGAGUUCCUGGAGAUGUGCAGGCAGACCAAUAAGCAGACCCGUCUCCGGCUGGGCCUGCCACCACAGACGCUGCCUCGAGGCGCCCCUGACGCUGGGGACUGCAUACUCGGUGUCACAGAACCAAUCUUCAUUGACAACGAAGACUCCAACGACGAACCAAUCUCAAGGUCGAAGCCAAAGGUUGUCAAAACUGUUAAGGGCAAGGAACCUGACAGCCGAGACUCGAGGACUAAGGACAUGAAGAAAGAAAAAGAAGUAGAAAGAAAAAGUUUCAAAGACAGGCAUGAACCUAGGGCUCUCCGUAGAAGAGUCCCAAGUCCCCCGUCCCCCAGUCCUCCGCGACUUCUGCGAGGCACCAAGAGAUCCCAUGAAGAUGACGUCUCGCUCAGCAGACUACAGGAAAAAGAAGUGGAAAGAAAAAGUUUCAAAGACAGGCAUGAACCUAGGAGUCUACGUAGAAGUGUCCCGAGUCCCCCGUCCCCCAGUCCUCCGCGACUGCUGCGAGGUACCAAGAGAUCCCAUGAAGAUGACGUCUCGCUCAGUAGACUACAGAAAACUCGAAAAUCUGAUGAACCAAUGCCCAGAUCGAUAUUGAAGAGGGAUAGAGAAUCACAGUCAGAGGAACGCGCGAAAAUCACAAGGUUGCGCGAAAAGGAAAAUGAGAAAAUAGCUAACGAGAAAGCCAACAGUAAAAAAGUUGUCAAGAUAAUGGUGAAGAAAGAAAAUUUCAAAUCGCUGCCCAAAGCGCCGAGUCUGAAGCCCCGGGAUAGGACUCCGCCCCCCGUUGUACACAAAUGCAAAAUCUGCAAGAAGACCUUUGACAAGACGCAAUCACUCAGCAACCACCUCAGAACACAUGCAAGAGAGAAACCACCGGAACGGAAGCCUUCUCCACCGCCGAAGAAGGAGAUGAAAAAGAGUGAGUGUAAAGUCUGCCACAGACAGUUCCUCGACAGAAACCUGCUUGAGAUACACCAGUGCACGGGCAGAUACAUUAAGAGCAGUAAGCAAGAGACAGACGAGAAGCCGGAAAAGCCUGUGUCGAAGCCCCAAAAGCCUGUGUCGAAGCCCCAACGAGUGACCGCGCCAAAGAAAAGAGCUGAAGUACCCAUAGACCCUGAGCUAUUGAAGCAACUCCGUCCGCUGCAAGUGAGAAUUUCUAAGUGUGACCCGCUCUUAGAGAAUAAGCUGGGUGAUCACUACGACGCGUCUGACGUCGAUUAUGACUACGGCCUGGACAAGACAUGCGUCUACCCAUACAUAUACACCUUCAGGCAUCUACGCAUCAAAUCCGAACCUCUCUACAUGGUUAACAUACAAGACGAGAUCAAAAACGCGAUCGAUAAAGACGAUAACUAUGUCCACUGGGAUUCAGAUGAAACUGGCAGUGAUUUAGACCUCGACGACUCCAAAAGUGUUGAUACCCUAACGUCCAUAUCACUAAAAACACUGUUUUCCCAAAAAGUCCUCGGCAAAGUCCCCAAAAAACGGCGAAAGGUUAAAGUGGAGAAGGCGUUCGAUUCAAUACUUAAUUCCACUAACGAUUUCGAUUCCGAUAUGCGUUUAGGAAUCGAUAAUAUCAUUAAUAGUCUAGGCGAUGAUAAGGAUAAGAGUAUUCUAGAUGAUUAUAGUGCUAAAAUCGAUAAAACUGACAACGAUUCGUUAUUCGGUGACGACGAUUCCCCAGCGAUACCUGUAACCAACGAUGAUUUCGAUUCGUUGUUCAGUAGUGAUGCGACUAAAGGUAAGGAUAAAAAUGUCGAUAGUAAAAGCGUGGAUAGCACCAUAACUAAUUUCUCUAUGGAUUUCGAUGACGUCAGUGGUAAAGUUGAUAAAAGUCCUUCAAAAGAGAACACAGUACAAGAUUCUAAAUCAUUAGAAAGUAAGGAAUUGAACAAAAGUGAUGAUUCCGAAGACAAAAAUGAUGAAAAUGAUAUAACAACUAAUACAGAUGAUAAAAAUGAUUCUAAAGAUGAUUCGAAUGACAUUAACAACACAGAUACAUAUAAAAGUACCAUAGAUAAUAAAGAAAACAAUGAUGCUAGUUCUUAUCUAAACGAUAAAGUUAGAGACGAUCAAACAGUUGCUACAGAAAACGACAGUUCCAAAACGGAUAGUUCUGUAACAAAAGAUUCAGAAAAAGAUAUAAAUUCCGAAAAUAAAGAUAAAGGAAAAGAUGAUGCAAAUCAUGUAAACGGACAGACGGAAUUAGAGCCAGAAUUCAAUAUGGAUGAUUUAGAAGACGUAAGUGAUUCAGAAAUGGAAGAAAGUUCGUUAAUGCAAGAUGUUGACAAGCAAAUAGGUGAGAAAGGGAUGGCGAAUGCUAAAACGGAUGUGAGUGAAAGAGACAAAACAGUUACUGGCGAGGGUGUACCAGUGUCAGUUAAAUCUGCUGAUUUAGAAAGCAUUUCGGAUGGAGAGUUUGAGUGAAAUUUAGCGUUUAAGUUUU